AUGGCUACUGUGCUUGUAACUGGUGGCUCAGGCUAUGUGGCUUCUCAUUUGAUCUUGAAACUGUUACAAGAGGGUUACACCGUCAAAACUACAAUCCGGAGUCUCUCUAAAGAAGAGCAUGUCAGAUCGGCGUUACAAAAAGCUGGUGCGGUAUACAUGAACCGCCUAUCAUUUCAUCCCGCCGAUUUAACUAAGGAUGAAGGAUGGGCAGAGGCUAUUCAAGGAUGUUCCUACGUCCACCAUGUUGCAUCUCCAUUCCCCGGUCAGGCACCAAAAGAUGAAAAUGAGUUGAUCAUACCAGCAAAAGAGGGAACUAUACGAGUUCUAAAGGCCGCACGAGAAGCCCGUGUGAAGAGACUCAUAUUUACAUCUUCUUUUGCUGCAAUUGGGUAUGGAGAUGGUGAUAAGAGAGAACCAUAUACUGAAAAAGAUUGGUCUGCUUUGGAUGGUCUACCAGCAUAUCACAAGAGCAAGACAUUAGCAGAAAAAGCUGCGUGGGACUUUAUUGAGUCUGAAGGAGGGGAUCUGGAACUUAGUGUUGUCAACCCAGUGGGAAUCUUUGGCCCCGUGAUGAGCGAAUCCAUCUCUUCAUCGAUCGACUUGAUAAAGAAGCUCAUGGACGGCAGCGUGGCGAAAUGUCCCCGGACGUAUUUCAAUAUUGUGGACGUCCGAGACUUGGCAGAUCUGCAUAUCCGAACCAUGCUUGAUCCCGCAGCAAAGAAUCAGCGGUUCAUUGCAAGUUCUGAUGGCAAACCCUUGGCAUUAAUUGAAGUCGCCCGCAUUAUUUCUCAAGGUCGACCUGGAAAAGCCCUAAAGAUUCCAACAGGCGAAAUACCGUCGUGGAUCGUUCGAUUCGCGGCUUUAUUCAGCCCCGCUGCGCGACAAGUGGUUCCGUUCCUAGGAGUUGUCAGACUGCUUGACAAUGGAAAAGCAAAAAGGGUACUUGGUUGGACACCACAAGCCGUAGAAGAUACUAUUCUGGAUACUGUCGAUAGUCUGGUGGAGUAUUCCAUUGUGUAG